AGCCAAGUGUAAAUGACAGUUCAAUACAGUGUAAGCGAGUAAGUGCGUAUGAAAAUGAUGCUGAAAGUGAGGCUGUUGGUUAUGGGGAGUUUACUUCUAUUUAUAAGGAAUGCACAAGCAGCAGUUAAUCAUCAUGAUGAUGAAAGCACUUCAGCCGAAUCCUCGGAGUCAUCAACGGAGAUCACGGUAGUGGCUGUCAGUUCAUCAUCAUCAGCGUCCUCAGAAGUUCACGAGGGCUCGGGUGACGACCCUCCUGACCCACUGCCAUCCACACCAACAAAGAAUGAAACUAGAGAAGCUCUUAAAACAGAUGGCAGUGAACAAGACCCUGUGGUAUUUCUGUCCGAGAAAAACAGCUACAUCCCUGUCAGCAUAAAGCCCCGUUCUCCACCAGCAGCGGAUAACACCUGGCGGGAGCCACCUGCGUGGGAGCGCGAGUACCGUCGCCACAGAACCAACACCAGCAGAGUCCAAUAUAUUGAAGCAGAAUGCCAAGAUGAUUUCAUGAAGAUUAGAGUUGGAUUUAACGGGUCGUUUGCAGGACUGGUCUACUCAGCUGGUUACUCCUACGACCCGGAUUGCAUGUACAUAAACGGUACAGGGCGUGAUUAUUACGAGUUCUACAUACAAUUGAAUAGGUGUGGCACAUUAGGCAGGAACAGUCAGCACGACGACAAUAGGAAACAUCCUACUAAAAACCUAAUGUGGAACACAAUCACUGUGCAGUACAACCCACUAAUUGAGGAAGAACAGGAUGAGCAUUUUAAAGUCACCUGCGAGUACGGAUACGACUUUUGGAAAACUGUCACUUUCCCUUUUCUGGAUGUUGAGGUAGCAACGGGAAAUCCGGUAGUGUUUACACUGCAACCGCCCGAAUGUUAUAUGGAAAUCAGGUCCGGGUACGGCGCGACCGGGGCCAGAGUUUCCGGUCCUGUACGAGUUGGCGAUCCUCUUACCCUGCUUAUUUAUAUGAGGAGUGCUUAUGACGGGUUCGAUAUAGUGGUGAACGACUGUUUCGCCCAUAACGGUGCCACCAAGCGGAUACAACUCAUUGAUGAAUAUGGAUGUCCAGUGGACGAUAAACUUAUAUCGCGUUUUCGGGGUUCAUGGUCGGAGUCUGGCGUAUUCGAGACGCAGGUAUACGCGUACAUGAAAACGUUCCGGUUCACCGGCUCGCCUGCACUCUACAUAGAGUGUGAUGUUCGGAUGUGUCAUGGGAGGUGUCCUUCGCAGCCGUGUCAUUGGCGCAACAUGAAGAGCGUCAGACGGCGGUCUGUGGAGGCUCCGCAACCGGCAAGCGUCGCGCCCCGACUUUCCGAGAAUAUCUCACUAUUCCAGUCACUGCGGGUACUGCACGAAGGCGAAGAGGACGCACAAUUCUCGUCUAACUCGAGUUUGUCGUCAGACAACCAGACGUGCGUACGGACAUCAGUGGUGUCGGCGCUAGCGGUAUCGUGUGGCGCACUAGUGGCCGCGCUAGGUGGUGCGCUACUAGCGGCCGCGCGAGCACUACGCCGCCACCAGCGCGACGCUGCAACUAGCUCGCCACUACACGCCUACGUCCCACACAAGGGACGGAUUAAGUAAUGCCCGCUACGGACGACGCUAACCUACAUCACCGCCAUCAGUGCGCCACUGCCACUAGCGCGCUCCUGCAUGACUACGUGCCGUACUAGCGGAUUGUUAAUCCCGCCUCGGACUGUACUAUACCUAUACAUUGACACUUUAACUAUGUUAGUUAGAAUAGUGUGAGUUAACAGCGCAUCAUGGACUGUGACGUUUCCAACCGUGAUGACCUGAGAACGUUACAGAUGAUUGCAAAGGAAUAGAAAAGUGAUUACUUGGUUCACAGGCUUGACUUCAGCUUGUAUCAAUUAAGCAUGCUCAUUUAUUUAUAACGUAAUGUACUUAAUACGGAGCAGUAAUUAAUUAAUAUUCGUAUUUUUUAUUUCCAAUUUAGAGAUUAUUUUAUAAUGUUACGCUAUUGAUCACUAGUUUUUGUAGUAUUUAGAAAAAAAUCCUAAAGGAAUCCAAAGUGAUCACAACCAUUUAAGAAAUAUAUUUCUUGAUAUUCUUUUUAGUAUUGGAUAACUAUAUACCCAAAUCAAGGAGAUUAUUUGACAUUAGAAUUAGAAUACGUAAGCAAAAAUGAAAUGAAAUUAUAAAUUUUCAAUUUUAUAUUUGGGAAAUAUCAUAUAUCAGUAAAAGCAAAUUAACUAAUUAAUCGGUAACUAUUACGUUGAGAGCGGUCGGUAUUUGACAAAUACAGCAAAGUUGGUAUUGUUUUAAUUGUUAUUUAUAUAUAUGUUGUAUUCUAUUAUACCACGUAGAUACAUUGAUCAAUAUUAAUUUAUACAUACCUGAAAUUAUUAAUUUUUUUAUGUGUCUACUGAUACAAAUUAAGAAUAAAAAAAUUACUAUGUUUUUUUAAAACAGUAAACAUGUAAACUACUGUGCGGUAGCAUAACUCCGGUAAGAGACGGAUGGUUCGUACCGAUGAUUUUGUUCGAUUGUCACACUGGUUGAUCCGCUCAGUGCUCUUUGGAAAUGUGUCGGCACGGGCCGUCCGGACUGAACCUGACAAUGUGAGAUCAAGUUGAGAUGUGUUUUACCUCCAUGUUUCAGGAGUAUAUACUUUAGUACUUACUUCCUACUAAUGUAAUGUGCUGGUUGAUUAAAAUUUGUACGAUUGUUACAAAGAUAUUAAAAAAAUAUAUUCAAUGUAGUCCUAAUACUUAUAAACAUAGCUGGAACCUUAAAUACACAUAAAAUGAUUUUAUAAAGUUGCAGCAUCGUUGUUGUGUAUUAUUUAUUAAUAAUGCGGCUUAUAAAUACAUCAAUAGGUACAUAUGUAUUAUUUGUUUGAUAAUUAUAAAUAUAUACGUAUUUAAUUUAUUCAUAGGCUGCAUAAUUAUAUAUUUUUAUUGUAUCAAAAUUGAUUAAUUUUGUUAUUGACUUGAAUAUGAUUAUUUUUAAGAACAAUACAAAAAUAUUAUGGUUCACUUUUUAUUACAUUUUAUUGCAUAUAAAACAUAUCUGUAUUGCAACUCACAAUAACGUAGGCAACUAUUAAGAUUAAAUAGUAAGUAUAUGACAAAUAGUGAGGACCCAUAUUUUCAGCGAAAAUAUAUCUCCUCCUGUUUGUCUAUUAUAAUUUAAUGAUUACUAUACUUUAUAAAUAUAUUUAUUAGAACUCAGUUACAUCUCAAUAUUGUGAUAAACAUUUAAGUAUAAAAUAUUAGCAGAUUUAUUUAUUAUUAACAGUAAGAACAGAGAGGUUCAAAUUGUAAAUAUUGUGAUAAGGUUCAUUAGGUGCCCGACAUAGUACCUAUAAUAUUUUACAUUUAAUAUUUAACAUGUACAUUAGACGUACAAACAAUAGCUGUAGUUAUAUCAAUUGAAUAAAAUAUUAAAACUAUUAUAGUUAUUAAUAAUACCUACUACAUUCAUGGACAUUAGAAUAUUAUUUGUCCACAACGUGUAAA